GACGUGAUUUGUAUUUGAAUAAACAGGGAAACAACCAAUCAUGCCGCUAUCUCUCCUCGGAAGAUUUUAAACAUUAUUGGUCAUAGCUUUUCAUUUGAGCCUUUAAUUUUUGGCUCUUAAAUAAGUCAAUUAAUUAUUCAUGAGCCUUCUACUACCAUCCCAGGAAAACAAAGCUACAGGGGGUGCGGUCUUUCCUGUAGUCGAGAACGGAAGCGGAAAUUCGGCCAUCUCCUCGUACAUUCAAGCUACAACAGGUUUUCAUCUCCCUACGCCUGUGGUUUUGGGACCCAAUGUUGCCACGGGAAGGAACAAACAAACUGAGACACUGCACUCCGUGAAUGAGUGGCCUUACAAGCCAGAGAAACAGAGAUACCGAGAGGAGAGACCCCUAUUCUGCAUCAUUCUUGUGUAACAGGUUGCAACAGAGCUCGACGGCCAGACCGUUGCCAUGUCGACCUCAUCGCUACGGCGACAAGUAAAAAACAUCGUCCACAACUAUUCAGAGGCUGAAAUCAAGGUUAGAGAGGCAACGUCCAAUGACCCAUGGGGCCCCAGCAGCUCUCUGAUGUCAGAGAUUGCUGAUCUGACCUACAAUGUUGUGGCCUUCUCGGAAAUCAUGAGCAUGGUGUGGAAACGCCUCAAUGACCACGGCAAGAACUGGAGACAUGUGUACAAGGCUAUGACUCUUAUGGAGUACCUGAUCAAGACGGGUUCAGAACGUGUUGCCCAACAGUGCCGAGAGAACAUUUACGCAGUCCAGACCCUCAAAGAUUUUCAGUACAUAGACAGAGACGGCAAAGACCAGGGGGUGAAUGUGCGAGAGAAAGCCAAACAGCUAGUGACAUUGCUGAAAGAUGAAGAGAGACUAAGAGAGGAGAGGAUCCACGCCCUCAAAACCAAAGAGAAGAUGGCACAGACCUCCAGUGCCUCCUCAGCUCCCUCAGCACCCAGCCUGGGGGGCAGCCUGUCAGUGGGCUCCCACUCUGGGGGGGCAGACCCUGAGCAGGCCUGGCCUCAGAGCUCUGGAGAGGAGGAUCUGCAGCUCCAGCUGGCUUUGGCCAUGAGUAAAGAAGAGGCAGAGCAGACUAACGCGGACCCUCUUGAGGAUGCAGAGAUCCGCUAUGCAAUCACACUCAGCAAAGAGAUUCAAGAAAAGGAAGAGCGACUGCGCAGAGGUGAUGACCUGAGACUGCAGAUGGCCAUCGAGGAGAGUAAGAGGGAGAAGCUGAAGCCUGAGGAGAGUGCUCUGAUGGAGCUGAGUGCCGUGGACCCCUGGGGGGCCACACCUGCUGCCACCGUUGCCACUGUAGGCUCUGCCGGCCCCUCGCCUCCACCCACAGUUCCUGCCCCUGUUGCCUCAGGUCCGUGGGGCGCUGCCCCCCCAGACCCAUGGGGGGUAGCGUCACCCACAUCUCCUACAAGCUCUGACCCAUGGGGUGGGGGGGCUCCGCCAACUAUAGCCCCUCCACCAGACCCCUGGGGAGAGACGUCCAACAGAGUGAACAACGUCGACCCCUGGGGAAGCUCAGCUGUGACCCCCCCCAGUGCCGAUCCCUGGGGCCCCCCAGUGCCACCCAGCACUUCAUCCUCGGGGGGGCCAGUAGACCCCUGGGCACAGGACGGGCCUGUCCCUGCCUCUGACCCUAUCACCUCUGACAUCUGGAGUGGCACCGCCAAACACACUAACGGCACAGGAGACCCAGAGCGACGAGGGUCCCCAGCGUUGGGCUGCGACAGCACAGGCUCACCGGUGCCCUUUGACCUGUCAUCUCUUGGUACUUCACUUCCUGUUCGUAAGACUCCUGAGUCCUUCCUCGGCCCUAACGCAGCGCUUGUGGAUCUCGAUUCCCUGGUGUCAUCUAAACCCAAACCCAAACAGCCGCCACCUCCUUCCAUCUCCUCCUCUUCAGCGCACAACCCCUUCCUCCAGAACGCAGGCUCAUCUCCUGCUCCUGGCAUGGCAGUGACUCCAGGCAGCACCAUUUCCAGUCGGGGGGUGUCUCCAACACCUGCCUCCUCCAACCCUUUCGGCGUGGCUCCACCCAUGACCUCCAUCUCACCUCAGCCCUCAUCACUUGGCCUGAGCGGCCUUCGCUCCAGUCCUGUGCCUCCCAAUCCCAUGCUGGGCAUGGUGCAACCUGGAAUGGGCAUGGGGCCAAUGAGUGUGGGUAUGGGGGCUCCAGGAAUGGGCCUGGGCAUGAUGCAGGCCAGCCCCAUGGGCAUGCCCUACAGCAGCCUCUCACCUAUGGCUCCACCAAGCUCGGCUCUGUUGGGGCCCGGAGGUGGCGCACAUCCUCAGCUGAUUUUGGGUGGGCCCACUGGAACAGGAGGAGUGAUGGGAGCAGGAGGAUCAGUGGGAGGUGGAGGAACGACGGGAGCGAGCACCAAUCCUUUUCUCCUUUGAGGAAGUGUCACCACUACUUGGCUCACCUGUUUCGACCUCCUCUGUCGUACCUGCUGCCCCCUUCAUUCAUCCACCCUCAACACAAUUUGUGUCCAAAAAUAAAAAAUGUGUACAUCUAUAUUUAAAGAAAAAAA